AUGCCCGCCAUCGCUGAAAUCAAAGUCCCUGCAACGGGCAAAACGAUCAAGGUCCCCACGGGGCUCUUCAUCAACAAUGAGUUCGUGGACUCGGUCGACUCCAAGGAACGCAUCGACUGCGUCAACCCUGCCACCGAGGAGAUCCUCUGUUCAGUCAUCGCAGGGUCCGAAAAAGACAUUGACGUCGCUGUCUCGGCCGCGCGCAAGGCGUUCCAGACCACCUGGGGCAAAAACGUCACCGGCGUCGAGAGGUCGCGUCUCCUCCACAAGCUCGCGGACCUCAUCGAGCGCGACGCGCAGGAGCUCGGCGAGCUCGAGACCCUCAACAACGGCAAACCUGUCCGCAUCGCGAGGGAUUUCGACAUCGGCGACAGCGUCGGCUGUCUGCGCUACUAUGCUGGGUGGGCGGACAAGAUCGUCGGUGAGACUAUUGAGGUGGACAACAAGACGAAGUUCGCGUUCACUCGCCAUGACCCUAUUGGCGUGUGUGGGCAAAUCAUUCCCUGGAACUACCCGAUCAACAUGUGGUCCUGGAAGGUCGCCCCCGCCCUUGCGUGCGGUUGUACAAUCGUGAUGAAGCCGUCCGAGUUGACGCCGCUCACUGCAUUGAAACUCUCGGAGCUCAUCGUUGAGGCAGGCUUUCCGCCUGGAGUCGUCAACACCGUCCCGUCUCUGGGCUCUGUUGGCGGUGCGGCCCUCUCUUCGCACAAGGAUGUCGACAAGGUUGCCUUCACCGGCAGUACGGUUACCGGGCGGAGAAUCAUGGAAGCUGCGGCGAAGAGCAACCUGAAGAAGGUGAGCUUGGAGCUCGGCGGCAAGUCCCCACACAUCAUUUUUGAGUCCGCAGAUCUCGACCAAGCCGCAAACUGGGUCGCGCUCGGCAUCCUGUACAACACGGGUCAGGACUGCACGGCCGGAUCCCGGCUGUUCGUCCAAGACACAGUCUACGACAAGUUCGUGCAGAUUCUCGUCCAGAAGGCGAAGGAGCUGAAAGUGGGAGAUGGGUUCGACGACAAUAACUCAGGUGGUCCUGUGGUGUCGAAAACGCAGUAUGACAAGAUCUUCAGGUAUAUCGACUACGGUAAGCAGGAGGGUGCGAAGCUCGUCCUGGGAGGAGAGAAACGUCCCACGAAAGGCUACUACGUCGAUCCGACAAUCUUCACUGAGGUGAAGCCGGACAUGAAGAUCGUUCGGGAUGAGAUCUUCGGGCCUGUAUUGUCUGUGGCCAAGUUCAGCACAGAGGAAGAAGCGAUCAAGCUGGCGAACGACACGACGUAUGGUCUGGGCGCUGGUUUGCACUCUAAUGAUGCAAACCAGUGCAUGCGCGUGUCUUCAGAGUUGGAGGCGGGUACGGUCUGGGUAAACCAGUACAAUAUGUUACAGAACAAUGUUCCCUUCGGAGGGAAGAAGCAGAGCGGAAUCGGGCGGGAACUCGGCAGCUAUGCCCUCGAGGAGUACACCUCCGUGAAGGCUGUCCACUGGAACUUCGGCGAACAGCUCAGCUGGCCGUUCUGA